UACAAUUUCAAUUCUGUGCCGAAUGAAAAACCCAAAUCUCCAAGCCCUAAUUCCUCUCCCGUUCUCCACUCUCUUGUCUAGCUUUGAUUGAAUUUCAGCUUUUAUUUAGUUUAACAAAAGCCCAAUUCUCCAAAACCCUUGUAUGUCUUUCUCUCUCUCUCUCUCUCGUCUAGCUCCGAUCGAAUUUCCGUUUACUCGGGUUUAUAAGAUCUGUUUUUAGAGAGUGACAUUUUUUGGCUAGGCAGUAUAAUUGGAGUACAAUGCUCUGAGAAGCUUCUCGAAUUGAGUUUCUAUAUCUCAGGCAGAAAUGAGCAUCAGAGAAGGACGAGGCAGACCUCGUAGGGAUUACCCAUCUUCGAGAUCAGAAGAGAAGUCUCACCAUGGCCGAGGAAACAAUCCUCCAUCAAGGCACCUUUGGGCCGGGAAUAUUUCUCACAGCAUAAGUGAGAAAACUUUAGCCCAUUAUUUUUUACGUUAUGGAGAUCUUGAGAGCAUUGCAUUUCAACCAGGAAGAAGCUACGCUUUUAUUAAUUAUAGAAAUGAAGAAGAUGCCUUUGCUGCAAUUAAAGAGCUUCAAGGCUUUGUUAUUGGAGGGAAUCCACUUAAGAUUGAGUUUGCUAAACCGCUGAUUGUGAAGAUUAGUGUAAGUGCAUCCAGAAGAGAAUGCUCCUCCCUUUUCCCGUUCUCUCCCUUGACCCCUUCUGAGCUUGCCAUUAAGGAUUUUAAUGAUUUAGUGCAUGCUUCUCAAAUUUUGGAAGUUCUAUGCGAUUACGAUAAUCCAUUUAGAUCCAUACUCGGAGUUUCAGCAUUGCCAAUGAAAAAUAAUGCAGAGAACAAUAAGAUCCGUGUUUCUGUUGGUGGUACGGGAACGUGUGAUGAAAAAUCACCACCAGCAUCACGUGAUGCAGAUUACUCAGAAAGGCGGGAUAAUCCGUAUCCCAAGUCUAGAGAGUCACCUUUUUCCCCUCGGGACUCCAGGGCACGUCACGCCAUUCCUGAGCCAUUACAUCCAAGUAAAUCUAAUACGCGCGACAAAGAUUCAGAACCAAGUGAAGUCUUGUGGGUCGGAUUUCCCCCCAACAUGAAAAUGGAUGAAUAUGUUCUGAGGAAGGCCUUUUCACCAUUUGGAGAGAUUGAGAAGAUAACUGUAUUUCCUGGCCGUACUUAUAGCUUUGUCCGUUUUCGAAAUGUGAUGGCAGCCGCUAGAGCGAAAGAAGUACUGCACGGGAAAUUAUUCGGAAACCCGCGUGUGCAUAUUUGUUUCGCAAAGAAUGAGUCGGGACAGAGAAUCCCAACAGAUGCUCCACUGUCCCCACAUUUUAGAUCAUACGAGCACGAAGAGUCUUUCGAACACGUUCGACACAGCCGAGAUUUCGGCAGAGAUCCCAACAUUAAAUCUCCACCCUACAUUCCAAAAUACGGCGCACGCGAGCGGAUGAGGUUCCCCGUGCAUGGGUCUGAGGUAUGGCUAUCUGGAGAUAUAUACGAGCCUCUGGAUAGCCCUAAAAGGAAGAACGUAGGGGUUCGUAUUCGCGAGUUCUCCCCUCAAGAAUUUCCUCGAAAAGGUCAGAUCCUUGAUGAUGACCCAUGGGAUUUGCCUGAGGAUGUAUCAUUUUUGCGUGGGCCAAAGAAGCUGAAGACUGAAAAAAGCACAUUUCUGAUCGACAACGAGCUUCCGGAGUAUCCACUAUCCGAUCUGGAGAAACCAAAACGUGUAGAGUAUGCUGAUAAGGACGAUGAGUCCAGACAUGUAGGGUACAGACCAAUUAUUCCACAGCGUUUAAUGAAUAUGGCCCAACCACUUGGGGAAAGGGUCGAUCACUGGAACUUGCCACGUGAUGAAUUUCAGGUUGCUCCGGCCCAGUUGCCUCCCGAGAGACGUCAAUCGUCUUUGAAGGAGGUAUGGAAUUGGGAGGGAAUGAUAGCUAAAGGGGGGAAUCCCAUAUGCCGUGCUCGAUGCUUUCCUGUUGGAAAAUCACCUGACAUGAUCCUGCCUGGAUGCUUGGACUGCACAGCAAGGACUAGUUUAGACAUGCUCGCAAAGAAUUACUACCAGGCGGCUAGUGCUUGGGUUGUCUUCUUCGCCCCUGCCAAUGAUCCCGACAUUUCGUAUUACAAUGAAUUCAUGAACUAUCUCGGGGAGCGACAGCGGGCCGCGGUCGUAAAACUGGACGAAUUGACCACUUUAUUUCUCGUCCCUCCUUCCGAAUUCUCCGAAAAAGUUCUAAAAGUACCCGGCAGGCUGAGCAUCUCAGGAGUCAUCUUAAGCCUAGAAACUCCCGGUUUAAGCUACGGGCCCACACCUCUAACCGAAAAUCGAGAACCGUCUUCAUCCACGCCUUCCAAGCCUUACUUGCCAAAUCCACCCUUUACUAAUUACGAGAGACCUGGAAUAAAUAUGGGAUCUGUUCAUGGAAAUUCUUCAUCGGGUGGGCCCCACUGGCCCGAUCACGAUUUCCACCGUUCGAAUCCUUUGAGCAGAAUUGGUUCUGUGGGCCACCCUUUUCCGGCAAUGCCUCAAACAGGAGGUAACGGGAAAUUUCCGGUGCUGGAGAACACUUCAUCGACUCCCGCAGCAGGACUCCCAUCGGAAAAACUGUCCCAGCUGGCAUCAUCCCUUCUCGGACAACAGCAGGGGCAAUUUAGUCAAUCUGGAAACCCGUUUGUUAAAACGUCACAGUAUUACGGGGCACAGAAUAACGAGCAGGGGAUUUCGGAUUUGGGGCAAUCACGGGUUGGUCAAAUGCAGCAGCAAUCGGGAGAGUUAGGUUCGUCUCAGGCUAGCCAGCAGCAGUCACAGAAUCCGGUGAAGGAAGAUGAUAGUGAGGCCGACCCACAGAAACGUCUGCAGGCGACCCUUCAGCUAGCUGCGAGCCUUCUUCAGCAAAUUCAGCAAGGGAAAGGGAAAUGAAAGCAGAAGAAUGUGAGACGAGGAAUUGUGAUUUGUGAUAUAAUUUAUGAAGUUCUUGAAUAUCUACAUUCUGUAUUUCUUUUACUUCUUUUCCUUCUAAUUUUUGUGGUUACACAAAAUUGGAUGAGGCCAACUGAUGCGAGUAUAUAUGUCUAUUUCGAACUUGAGAGUUUCCUAUGUUCUUAGCUUCCAAUUUUAAGGGUGAAGUUAAAUUUUCUCUUAGGCUGUGCACCAAAAUAAUACGAUAAUGCUAAGCAUUCAAAUCGUUAUACUCCCUUCCACCGUUUACUGAGCUUUUUUUUUUUUUUUUAACGAAAACUUAAACGUAUAACCGAGCAAUCAAAUGAUCACAAUCAUGGAUAGAUCCCGCAAACAGCCGCAAGGAUUUCUCCAGCUGAGGAAGCUAACACCUACUCCCCCUCCACAACACACUGGCUAAACAACUACUAGAACUACACACUUACAUUAAACUCAAAUACACAAACAGAAAAAUGUUGAAUACGAAGAACAAUAUCUUCCCAAAAGAUAGAGUUGAAAUUCUGACCACAGCUUCUUUUGUUCAGCAAAUUUACCAUCCUUUCAUCUUCUAGGCAACAUAGAAGAGAGUCUAACUAGUUCUCCUGUGUUUUCUUAAGGAUCCAUCGAACAGUCACUAGUAAAACCUCCUCAGAACUGCCAUCAAAAAAUUUUCUCCCUGUCCAGUCCAUGUUUAUCCCUCCCCAGCAGCAAAGUACCUCCAAACCCUAGCCAUCUUCUUCUUGAAGUAUGAGCACUAAGAGCAAGGAUUUGCUAACCUACUCUCCUGGAAAAAGCUUCAAUAAGAGUUUGGUUAACAGGCCCUUCCUUCUUCCUUUUCAAGCUAUCAAGUUAUGUCACAUAAAUAAAUCAAGCCCUUCAUUUCUAGCCCUGCCAAUGUCCUUCCUGCCCAAAUAGAUCUAAAAACCCAAAAGUUUCUAGUCUUUUAGAGCAACCAAAGCGGGUAAGUUGAAAGACUUGAACUCCCACAUGCAUUUUGUUCAUAUCCACACAUUUGAAAUAUGGUGUUACAAAAGAGACAACUUCCUAUAAUACAUAUACGUAUAACAAAGAUACAUAUAAUACACACUUAGCACAAAUUUACGAUUCUCAAGAUAAAAAGACAAAGGCCACUCUUAUUAAUAUACCAAAUUACGUACACAAAUCAACCUCCACAGCCACCGCAGCCUCCACAACCGCCACCACCGCACCCCCCGCCGCCUCCUCUGCGGCCGCAGCACCCUUGAGAGGCGCUGCCAUCACUAUUCCGGUCCGUCGUUUGGUCGUUGCUGGUGGCGGCCACCACCACAGCUGCUGCACCCACGGCGGCUCCGGCUCCGGCUCCGGC